AUGCCAGGCUAUAGUUUAGACCAGAGAAUAAUUGUGGUUUCUUCAUUACUCUUCAUUCUCUUCUUAUCUUGCUAUGCUUCUGUUACGGUCAACUCUUCAGAGCUUUACCUCUCCGCAGACUUCAACAUUACCUCGACUGCUCAAACCAGGAACUACGCGUGGACUCUGACUAAUGAAACGGCGGCUCCAGAUGGAUACACCAGAAAUAUGCUUCCAUAUUCAUCAGGUCGCGAUGUUUUUGAGGCGAGAGCUGACAGAAUUUCUAAAAAUUUCUCCGUCUUGGUUUUGAAGGAAGGGGAUACAAUCAAUGUUGCAGUCACAAAUUCCUUGAGUGACUCUGUUUCUAUUCAUUGGCACGGCAUUUAUCAAAAUGGUACGGCAUGGAUGGAUGGUGUUACUGGUGUGACCCAGUGCCCAAUUCCAGCUGGUAGCACCUUUACGUAUACAUUUACCAUCAGCAGACAAUAUGGCACAUUCUGGUAUCAUGCGCACUCUCAGAACUACGCGGCGGACGGUCUGGCCGGGCCACUCAUUGUUCACAGUGUGAAUGAUCCGUUAGUAAGAGGGGUUGAUUAUGAUCAAGAUGUGAUACUUUUCAUGAACGAUUGGUAUCAUAACAUGGGCGCCCAGAUUUUGGAAGAGCAACUUUCACCCGAGGGUUACAUGGGUUCAUCUGCAGCACCAUCUCCUAAUUCGGCUUUGAUCAAUGGUAUCGGAUAUUUCGAUUGCACGAAUGCAGAUAAUGGUUCAACAUGUACAACUCCAACGGAUUAUUUGACAUUUGAUCUUAAUGCUGGUCAGAAAACUAGACUUCGCCUCAUAGAAGGUGGAUCUCAUGCUCUUUUUCGAGUAUCAGUUGAUGAGCAUACACUCAAUGUGACAGAGGCAGAUGCAACUGGAGUGGCCGGACCAACAGCAAUUCAUCGGGUUCCCUUUCAUAAUGGAGAAAGGUACAGUGUAAUUCUUGAUUUAAGCAAUGAUACCGUUGGAAAUACUUUCUAUCUUAGAGCAGCCAUGGACACAGAUUGCUGGGCUUGGCUUGCACCUGGAAUGACUGGAGAUGCAGCAACCGCUCGAGCGAUAAUCAGAGUAGUCAAUUCUACGGCCACUACUUAUAAUACAACAAUUACAACUCCAACUUCCACUGAUUGGUCCGAUACUGUUUCUGGCGAUUGUAUUGACUUGGAAGCUGAUACUUUAGUACCUUUAGUUGCCGAAGAAGCAUGCACAAAUGUCUUGGGGCGCGUAUUCUAUGAGUCAAGUUUUGGAUUUGUGACCUCGACUGUAAACUCAACUACUACCAGCAGAGGUCGAUUUUUCGUCAAUGAUACAACCUGGUUAACUUAUACCUAUCAACCUUUGUUAAGUGAACUGAUCUCAGGAGGACAAGGAUACCUUAAUACUUCAGAAGUCGCCGCGUUUACGAUGGCAACCAAUGGAUGUUAUGAUAUCGUUAUCAACAAUCUCGAUUCUGCACUUGACCAUCCAUACCAUCUUCAUGGAGUUGAUGCCAAAAUCGUAGCGAGUGGAACUGGGGAGCUCAAUACAUCGGUCGCUGAUUCCUUGACCUAUAAUACCACCAAUCCAUUGAGAAGAGACACUCAAGUCGUCGCAGGUGGAUCGUACGUAGUUUUGAGGGUAGUUGCCGACAAUCCAGGUUGUUGGAUCUUACAUUGUCAUAUUGGAUGGCAUCUAGGCGCAGGAUUUGCAGGGGUGGUCGUCAUGAAUCCCACUUCCCUGAGUUCAUUAACAUUACCAGCUGCAAAUCAAGCCCUAUGUGACGGAGCAACUACUGAAACUAUUGACGAUAUUGAGCCCGGGAGGAGAAAACGAAGUUUACCUCGACAAGCAACCUAUCAACUUCAGUCAUGA